AUGAGAGAGGGACCACAAGAGAUUUGGAUACCUAGUGUGAACCAGAGUGGUGGGAAUCCAACAAUUCAGUUCCAAUUUGGUGAUGGCAUCACUAAGUUUCUGCUUGUGGAUUCUGGGGCUGAAAUUUCCAUUCUCCGGGAACCUAUUCCACAUGUACCCCUUCAGCCAGCCUGGGUGGUGGCAAAAGGAGCAACAGGAGCCCUGCUUGGUGUACAAGGUGCUCAGACUCUAGAUGUGGAAAUUGCACAUGUGAAAGUGAGGCAUACCUUCAUUAUUGCAACAAUUGAUACUUGGAGGGAUGGACUCAUAGGCUGGGACCUUUAUCAGAAGUUAGGACUAGUCCUGGAUGGUCAAAAUGGAACUGUUACCUGUGGAGGGAUGGUCAUCCCACUUAUGAAAUCAGUCAACCCGAACAAAUCAUCAGCCUACCUGAGAAACCGACAAACGUUGACUAUUUGGACAGAACCAGGAGAUGAGGACAAGCAUGAUCCAACCCCUGAUGUGAUGGCAUUAGAGAAUAGGGUUGUCCCACCCUAUUGUGAGUCGGUGUUAAAGGCCUCUGUUAAAGGUAGACAAGAAUCAGUAGUUAUGGUGGAACCAACUAGGCAACCACAAGCUGGACUGCAAGUGGCACAAAGCCUGAACAUCAUCAAUGAAGGGAUGAUACCAGUGAAAGUAAUAAAUUUCACAGCAGCUCCUGUGACAGUAGACAGAUAUCAGCUUCUGGGAAUGGCCUGUUUAGUAGAUAAUAAGGAAGAUGUGGAGCAAGAAGUGGUACAGGUAGGCCUUGUAGAAGUCCCUAUCACUCCAGCAGAGAGAAAAAACGAGAUAACCAACCGUUUAAGCCAUCUUUCCUCUAAGGAUUCCUUGAGGAUCCAAGAGGUUUUGAUGAGGUACCUGGAACUGUUUGAGGAACCAGGUAAGGAGGGGUGCAACAUCAAAGUGGAGCAUCACAUCCCCACGUCUGACUCCGCAUCCAUUGCAAAGCGCCCCUACCGGGUGCCUUUCCAUCUGCGUCCGGUAGUGGAGGAGCAUCUAGCAGACAUGCUCAACAAGGGGAUAAUCACUCCUUCCACCAGCCCAUGGUCUGCACCAGUAGUACUGGUCAGGAAGAGGACCACAGAUGGAACUCCAAAAUGGCGAUUCUGCACAGACUUCUGA